CGGGCAGACAGACGGACGGACGGACGGACAGACAGACAGACAGACAGACGGACGGACGGACAGACAGCGCCAUGGCCAUCCCCUGCGUGGAGCUCAGCAACAAGAUGAAGAUACCCGCCCUGGGGCUGGGCACCUGGCAGGCUCCCCCGGGAAAGGUGGAGGAGGUGGUGAAGUUUGCUAUUGAUGCCGGCUACCGCCACUUCGACUGUGCCUAUUUCUACCAGAAUGAGAAUGAAAUAGGGAAUGCAGUCCAGCAGAAGAUCAAGGAGGGAGCUGUGAAACGGGAAGACCUCUUCAUUGUCACUAAGCUGUGGAACACGUUCCAUGAGAAGCCCAUGGUUAAGGUGGGGUUCAAGAAGAGCCUUGCUGCCCUCCAACUGGACUACCUCGACCUCUACCUGAUGCACUUCCCCAUGGGAUUCAAGGCUGGUGAAGAGCUGCAUCCUCUGGAUGACAAGGGUCACAGCAUUCCCAGUGAUGCAGAUUUUCUGGACACAUGGGAGGCCAUGGAAGAGCUGGUGGAUGCUGGUCUGGUAAAAGCCAUUGGUGUCUCCAACUUCAACCACGAGCAGAUUGAAAGAAUCUUGAACAAGCCAGGACUGAAGCACAAACCUGUAAUGAACCAGGUGGAAUGUCAUCCAUACCUGACCCAGGAGAAGUUGGUCAAGUACUGUAAAUCCAAAGGGCUGGCUGUGACUGCAUACAGCCCCCUGGGCUCUCCUAACCGCCCCUGGGCUAAGCCAGGGGAUCCCACCCUUCUGGAUGAUCCCAAGAUUAAAGACAUUGCAGCUAGACAUCAGAAAAGCCCUGCCCAGGUCCUGAUCCGCUUUCUGGUCCAAAGAGACAUCAUUGUCAUUCCCAAGUCUGACAAGCCACACCGUGUUGAGGAAAACAUGAAGGUGUUUGACUUUGAACUGUCUAAAAAGGAGAUGGAUGUCAUCCUCAGCUUUAACAGGAACUGGAGGGCAGUUCCAGUGGUCCAAGCUGUCAACCACAAGGACUACCCGUUCAAAGCAGAGUAUUAAAUGCUGGUGGUUCCUGCAAGACCUCCAUUUAACUCCUUCCAGAUCAGGUGUUCUCUCCAGCUCGACCUUCAUUUCUUCUCUACUUGAUAAUCAUUAUGGGCAGCACCUUUUUCCUCCUUUUUUUUUAAGGAGGAGAGCACUGACUGAUGUAAGAAAGCAGCAAAAAGGGUGGGAUUUUUGUAAAGAUGCUUGGCAGAAAUCUGGUUUUGAUUAAUAGUAAAAAGAAGGUGUCUUUUCAUUUCCUUUUUAUCUGGUCUUCCUUAAUAAGAGACGUGUUUAACAAAAAACUAGCUACUUACAUGGAGUUUUUUAUAUGUUACCUCCAUUGUGGUCAGUCAUACAGUGACUCAUGAGUCACUGCCAAAGAACAGUUGCUUUUUAUAUAUUUGUGAUUUUUACAGAGUGUGUUUCUAAUGCUUUAAAAUUUUAUAUGAAUAAAGUUUUAUCAACAACAAAAA